UCUCGUCGUGGGAUGGCGGUGAGAUCAGUGUACGUCGUAGCAGGAGGUAAUUGUGAAGAACGUUCAAGUGGAAAACGCCAUAAAAACGUAAACUUGGAGACAUGGCUGAAGACUGUGGAAAUGUCGUUCGACAAGGGGCCCCUCCAAUAAAAUAUACCUAUACCCCACAUGACCAGCUGAAAGAGGGCAUGGUAACCAAUCUGUUUGGAGUUGUUAAAUUUUUCAAGCCACCAUAUCGAAGUAAAGGCACUGAUUAUUGUUCAAUUGUCACAGUUGUGGAUAAGACAGAUGUCAAAAUAAAGUGUAUGCUCUUUAGUGGUAAUCCAGACACAUUGCCUAAAGUUUACAAUGCAGGAGAUAUUGUAAGAUUCCAUAGAGUAAAGAUCCAGAAAUUUAAUGACGACAUACAAGGCAUUAAUACUAGUGGUUUUUCAGCCUUAGUAUUUGAUGGUACAGUUGGAGCACCAUUAAUUCCCAGAACAUCCAGUAAGUCCUACAGCUUUAAUAGCGACGAUCAAAAAAAGGUGGAACUUUUACGUGACUGGGCAGCAAAUAACCUUAAAUUUCCAGGAUCACGUGUAAGACUUUCAGAUAUUCAACCAGUACAGUUUUUUGAUUUAAUCUGCCAGCUUAUUGGAAAAGCGGAGAUGGAUCAAGCAUCAUAUCUUCUAAAGGUGUGGGAUGGUACCAAGUGUGUGUCCCCUACCUGGAAGGUUUGUGUUGAAGAAGAGGCCAUUGAAGGUGACAGGGAUUUCAUCCGCCAGCUGCAAAAUCUGACAGUGGAUAUUUUGGUUUAUGAUAAUCAUGUGGAAACUGCAAAAUCCAUAAAGAUUGGAAGCUACAUUGUAAUUCAUAGUGUUCAUACGAAGCUGCAUACAGUCAACAGUGGAAAUCAACCAAAUGGGUCAUAUCUGGAAUUUUAUCUGCAUGGGGGUACUUCUUAUGGUCGAGGAAUUACCGUUCUUCCAGAAAAUAAUUAUGAUGCCCAAACACUACAGAAAUUUCUAGAGUCUGUGGAUAAGAAGGACUUUCAAAAUUUGGAAGAUAUGUCAUCUUGUGAAUCAGCAGAUGUGUUCAAAACACCAUUAGGCCAAGAGUUGUUGCCCUUUGGUGUUCUGGAGAGACACCAGGAGCUCUCUGUGACAGUGCUUCCAGCUCACAGAGAUUGGCAGGUAACACCACUCACCACUGUCAUUCAAAGCAAAGUUCCCAACAAAUAUCGUGUUAGAGCACAGUUGCAAAGUUUUGAACCCCAGAACCUCUAUCAGUCUUUUAAGCUUCACUGCACUAAAUGUAAAUCAUUGCAAGACGUUCCAGAUGAGGAUGAAGUAAACAUUAUUUUUCAAGGCCAUGAACAAAAUGCCAGUCCAAAUCCAAAUGUCCUGAAUACAUCUUGGUAUCAAUCUGUGGUUUGGGAGACUAACAAUCAGAAAAACACACACAUUGUUCUUCAUUUUGUAAAAAAAAAUGACAUACAGCAAAAUCCAGAAGACACAUUAAUUAUGAUAGAAGGUGGAACCUUCCAGGAUAUUUUCAGACUCUCUAGACAUUUUGACAGCAUAAUUCCUGUAAAAUGUAAUCAAGGAGAGCUAAAGUUAGAUCUUUCUGGCCCAUUUCUCAUCCAAGGCAACAGAUGGCAUUAUGGGUGCAGCAGCUGUUCAAAACUUAGAAACCCAGAGGCGCUUAGUUCGUUAUGCAGUGAUGUUUCCUGGAGCGUCUCUGCAAUAGCAAAAGCAUUGGGUGUUGAGCCACUAAAACACACAUUUGUUAUGUGUUUUAAACUAGAGGAUGAAACUGGAUUCCUGAAUGCCUACCUCUGGAAUUACUCAGAACAAUUUUUUCAGAUUCCUGCUUCAGAGAUAUUUGUGGAUGACAAACUUCAAGAACAGCUUCAGAGCAUUAUGAAUGCAUUGUGCCCUCCAAGAAAACAACGCAGUGAAUAUCCUUGGUUGGAAUGUUGUAUCAGAUCCUACAAUGCAACAAAUGAAGGCAAGCAGCAAGUGUGCUAUGAGAUAUUUGACACUAUAGUCACCAAAAGGAUUUGAAAUUGUUGAUUUGUCAUGUGUGUAAAUAAAAUUAUGGUACAUUAA